GUUUCGGCUUUAAGUCCUCACAAGUAUAAUGAUAGUAGUAAUAGGGAAAAUAAUCCCUGCCACCGGUUAAGAAGCGAAGGGAAGAGAGGAGCGAAAGGGAGGGGAAGGAGCUCGAGGCGAUGGCGGAGAAGAUGAUGGGAGGCGCUGGGGCGUCGCGGACGUCGUACCAGCGGUAUCCCAGGGUGCGGAUCCGGGAGAUGAAAGAUGAUUAUCUGAAGUUCGAGCUACGGGACACGGACGCGAGCAUGGCGAACGCCCUGCGUCGCGUGAUGCUGGCGGAGGUGCCGACCAUCGCCAUCGACCUGGUGGAGAUCGAGGUCAACUCCUCCGUCCUUAACGACGAGUUCAUCGCCCAUCGCCUGGGCCUCAUCCCCCUUACCAGCGACGACGCCAUGUCCAUGCGCUUCUCCCGCGACUGCGACGCCUGCGAUGGCGACGGCCAGUGCGAGUUCUGCUCCGUCGAGUUCUUCCUGAGCGUCCGCUGCGACUCGGACCAGACCCUCGACGUCACCAGCGCCGACCUCCAGAGCACCAACCCCCGCGUCUGCCCCGUCGACGUUGCCGCCAACGCCCUCUCCUCCGCUGCCGAUGGCUAUGAGUCCGCCGAGCAAAAGGGCAUAAUAAUCGUGAAGUUGCGUCGUGGACAAGAGCUGAGACUUAGGGCAAUUGCUAGAAAAGGGAUUGGCAAGGAUCACGCCAAGUGGUCACCUGCUGCAACUGUUACAUUUAUGUAUGAACCUCAGAUACAUAUAAACGAAGAUCUGAUGGAAACAUUGACACUUGAAGAUAAAAGAAGCUGGGUUGAGAGCAGCCCUACAAAAGUCUUUGGCAUAGAUCCUAAUACUCAGCAGGUGGUUGUUAUUGAUGCCGAGGCCUACACUUAUGAUGAUGAAGUCAUAAAAAAAGCAGAGGCUAUGGGUAAACCUGGGCUCAUCGAGAUUUAUCCCAAAGAAGACAGCUUCAUAUUCACUGUUGAAUCAACAGGUGCGAUCAAGGCUUCCCAUUUGGUCAUCAAUGCAAUUGAUAUCCUGAAGCAAAAGCUGGAUGCAGUGCGCCUUCAAGAUGAGGAAUCUGAUAUGAAAGAAUUGACUUCACACCUUGGGAAUUUAUGAUUUUGGCCUGUGGAUCAGCUUAAUCUUCUAUGUUUCUGUCUUUUUGGUUAAGACUCGUGUUACUGUCACAGACAAAACUGUUUCAUGAGGGCUGGAUCGUGUAGUUCUCAUGUGUUGUUUUUCGGUACUAUUUCGGACAGAGUUAUAUUACCUACCUCAUUGCAUACUUUUAGAUUA